UUCCGUCACAGCGCUGUUGUGGAUGGCAGAGGCGGUCGAUGGAAAGGGGCUUGGACUAUACUGUUUUUAAAUAUUAGGACGCUGAAGAUUUAUUUUGUGGAAAAUGCAUUGCUCCAGUGUUCUAAUGCGGCUCGGCUUCUCUCACUCGGUGAGACAGAUUCGCAGUCUACAUCAGACAGCAGUACGCACUGGAGGUGGGGGAGCACUCUUUGUGCAUAGGGACACCCCAGAGAACAAUCCAGACACGCCUUUUGAGUUUAGUGCUGAAAACAAAAAGAGAAUUGAGGUUAUCCUUAAAAACUACCCAGAAGGACACAAAGCAGCAGCUACAAUUCCUGUGUUAGAUCUUGCCCAGAGACAACAUGGGUGGCUACCAAUCUCUGUAAUGAAUAAGGUAGCUGAAGUUCUAGGAGUGCCAGCGAUGAGAGUGUAUGAAGUAGCAACUUUUUAUACAAUGUUCAAUCGUAAACCAGUGGGCAAACACCAUGUUCAGGUUUGCACCACCACCCCAUGUAUGCUCUGUAACUCUGACAGCAUUCUGGAGGCCAUCCAAAACAAGCUGGGUAUCAAAGUUGGUGAAACAACACCUGAUAAAUUGUUCACCCUGACAGAGGUUGAAUGUUUAGGAGCAUGUGUAAAUGCACCUAUGGUCCAAAUUAAUGAUAAUUAUUACGAAGAUCUUAAACCAAAGGAUAUAGAACAGAUUAUAGAUGAGCUUAAAGCAGGCAAGGUACCCCCACCUGGCCCAAGGAAUGGGCGCUUCUCCUGUGAACCAGCUGGUGGACUGACUUCUCUAACAGAACCACCAACCGGACCUGGAUUUGGAGUGCGAUCUGAUCUUUAACAUGUUAAACUAUUUUUGAAGUGGACUCUUGUUCAACUUGAGAAAGAUGCAAAAGUAAAGAAUUGUUUGACCAGUUGAA